AUGACACUUUCUGUGGAUGAGAGUGACUCGGUCACUAGACAGUAUGCAGCCCACCCCUACCAAGAAGUGAAUUCGCCUAUGGCUAACAAAGUCAUUCCCAGGUAUAUCGGAGAACUUGAACAAGAAGUCAAGUCCCUCGAGGAGGAACUUGCAGAAUCGAGAUCGCAUGAGUUGAUUUCUCAGGAAUCUUCCACGCCUUUGGGUCCUUCUAACCCACAAGACCGCCGAGAGCAUUCGCCAAAUUUUGUUGAGGGUGGCGGAAUAAGGUGGAUAGACUCAAAAGACCCAGAGAUAUGCCUGGCUGACAAUGGCAACAGUUUUAUGAGACACCUAUUUGCGGAUUCAGAAUGGCGUGAGCAUGACCCGAGUCUUCUCCAAAAUCUCUCCAAGGGCUCCGGGCCUGCUGAAGCUGGAGUUAAGCCAGCGCUCCUCCCAACCUCAGAGCGAGCGCAGGCAAUAUUUGACAAGUAG